AUGGCCCAAUCCCUGAGAUUCACAGUGAAAAAGCGUGCACCUGAAUUUGUAAUUCCGUCAAAACCAACACCUCAUGAAAUCAAACUUCUCUCUGACAUUGAUGACCAAGAUGGAUUACGUUUUCAAAUUCCAGUGAUACAAUUUUACAAGUAUGAUCCAAAUAUGGCAGGGAAAGACCCUGUUGAUGUUAUUAGAAAAGCACUUGCGAAAACGCUUGUGUUUUAUUAUCCAUUUGCAGGUAGACUGAGGGAAGGUCCUGGCAGGAAACUUAUGGUGGAUUGUAAUGAAGAAGGUGUAUUGUUCAUUGAAGCUGACGCUGAUGUUAGUUUGAAAGAUUUUGGUGAAGCUAUUCAUCCUCCAUUUCCUUGUUUGGAUGAGCUUCUCUUUGAUGUUCCUGGUUCUUCAGAUGUGAUUAAUACUCCACUGCUGCUUAUUCAGGUCACACGCCUCAAGUGUGGUGGUUUCAUUUUUGCUCUUCGUCUAAACCAUACAAUGAGCGACGCAUCGGGUUUAGUUCAAUUCAUGAACGCCUUAGGAGAAAUAUCUCGCGGGAUGAGCAAACCUUCAAUCUCACCAGUGUGGUGUAGAGAGCUUCUUAACGCAAGAGAUCCCCCAAGAGUAACAUGCACUCAUCAUGAAUACGAAAAAUCACCUGAUAACAAAGGAACCAUCUUUCCCUUACACAACAUUGUUCAUCACACUCUCUUCUUUGGUCCCACCGAGGUAGCCGCAAUUCGCACUCUUCUUCCAUCUCACCAACGACAGCAACAUUCCAAUUUCGAAAUCAUCUCCGCUUACCUUUGGCGCUAUCGUACAAUAGCAUUACAAUUACCUACUAACCAAGAAGUUCGGAUAAUAUGCGUAGUCAAUGCGCGUAGCAAAUCAGUAAACCUGCCAUUACCAAAAGGUUACUACGGUAACACCUUGGCAAAACCUGCGGCAGUUACAACAGCAGGAAAACUAAUUGAAAAUCCAUUGGUUUACGCGUUGAGUUUAGUAAAGAAAGCAAAAGCUAGUGUCACACAAGAGUAUAUGCAUUCGGUUGCAGACUUAAUGGUGAUCAAGAGUCGACCUCACUUUACUAUCGUGGGAUCGUAUCUAGUGACUGACGUGACACGCGCUGGAUUUAGAGAGGUUGAUUUUGGUUGGGGGAAUGCUGUUUAUGGAGGACCUGCUAGAGCAGGAGAAGGUGGUAUUCCUGGACUUGCUAGCUUUCAUUUACCUUUUAAAAAUGCUAAAGGAGAAGAAGGGUUGGUUAUACCGUUUUUUCUACCAAGUCUAGUCAUGGAGAGGUUUAUAAAAGAGGUUGAUAGUGUACUUAAGAGAAACAUUAAUCAAUGUAUUAAGGGUGAUUCAAAAUCUAGUAUCAUUAUUUCUUCAAUGUAG